UGUGGGAGCUGUAGUGCUGGGCAAAGACCGGGGGGUCAGUAGGCAGUCGGCUAGUGGCCGGGGGAUGAGGAGGAUGUUGGUGCUUUGCAAAUGGUGUAAUGAAUACUCUUGGUUUGGGAGAAGAAUCGUGUGGCGUUGAAUGAGUGUCACUGUUUGGGAAUGCCUUUAAUUCUGUGAAAGGGCCAUAUGGAGAUUUUGCCUAACAGCAAAAGUGAACUGUUGACGGCCAAUCUGGAUUUUAACGGCCUGCUGAAGAAUCAGUCUUCUUUGAGGAAGAAAAGGUUGCUGAUUAUUGUACCAGAUGAAUUCCAGAAAACCAAGGCAGAAACAGAAGUGGGAACAAAUUUCAGCAUUGAACUACGGAAGGGCUUGAUCGAGCCAACAAAAGAGAUUAGUAAUCAAAUGUUCAAUUUAGCAAACCUGUUUCACUUCCACUAGCUUGAAAAGCAUUGAACUUUAAAGAUAUGGCUGUGAAUGUUAGGGUGAUGCUAUGGACCUUUUAUGCAGUAUUUGUACUCUUGGGGCAAGUUAAUGGCCACAGUAUGUUCGCUUGUGAGCCCAUUUCUCUCCGAUUGUGUCGUGACCUGCCUUACAAUAUGACUUUCAUGCCAAAUCUUCUAAAUCAUUAUGAUCAGCAGACUGCAUCCCUGGCAAUGGAGCCAUUCCACCCUCUUGUAAACUUGAAAUGUUCCAGAGACCUUCAGCCAUUCCUCUGUGCAAUGUAUGCCCCAAUAUGCACUGAAUAUGGGCGUGUUACUUGGCCAUGCCGUAAACUGUGCCAGCGAGCUUAUAUGGAGUGUCAUAAGCUAAUGGAAAUGUUUGGAGUGACGUGGCCAGAAGAGAUGGAGUGUGCAAAGUUUCCAGAUUGUGAUGAAGGCUAUCCACGCCAAACAGACUCUGUUUCAGAUGGUGACCCCACAGAGGAGGCCCCAAUGGCUGUUCAGAGAGACUAUGGUUUCUGGUGCCCAAGGGAAUUGAAAAUCAAUCCAGAGCUUGGCUAUUCUUUCCUGGGGGUUGCAGACUGUUCACCUCCUUGCCAUAACAUGUAUUUCAGACGUGAAGAACUGUCCUUUGCCAGGUACUUCAUUGGUGUGAUAUCCAUUGUCUGCCUGUCUGCCACACUCUUCACCUUCCUCACAUUCCUCAUUGAUGUAAAACGAUUCCGCUACCCGGAGCGCCCUAUCAUAUUUUAUGCAGUCUGUUACAUGAUGGUUUCCUUAGUGUUUUUUAUUGGUUUUCUUCUUGAGGACACAGUUGCCUGCAACAGAAAUGAUCCUUCAGUUUACAAAGCAUCCACAGUGACACAGGGUUCCCACAAUAAAGCAUGUACUAUUCUGUUUAUGGUACUGUACUUCUUCACAAUGGCUGGCUCAGUUUGGUGGGUCGUCCUUACCAUAACGUGGUUUUUAGCUGCCGUUCCCAAAUGGGGCAGUGAGGCAAUAGAAAAGAAAGCCUUACUGUUUCAUGCAAGUGCCUGGGGGAUCCCAGGGACACUCACCAUAAUCCUCCUCGCCAUGAACAAAAUCGAAGGGGACAAUAUCAGUGGCGUUUGCUUUGUUGGAUUGUACAAUGUUGAUGCACUGCGGUAUUUUGUCCUGGCUCCAUUGUGUCUCUAUGUGGUGGUGGGGGUUUCCUUGUUGCUGGCAGGUAUAAUAUCACUGAACCGUGUGCGGAUUGAAAUCCCAUUGGAGAAAGAGAAUCAGGACAAGCUGGUGAAGUUCAUGAUCCGAAUUGGUGUGUUCAGCGUUCUCUAUCUCGUCCCACUCCUUGUCGUGAUUGGAUGUUAUUUCUACGAGCAAGCAUUCCGAACUGUGUGGGAGACAACGUGGAUUCAGGAACGGUGUCGUGAAUAUCACAUUCCCUGCCCUUACCAGGUGACGCAAGCGAGCCGCCCUGAUCUUAUACUCUUCCUGAUGAAGUAUCUGAUGGCUCUGGUGGUCGGGAUCCCAUCCGUGUUCUGGGUUGGCAGUAAGAAGACCUGUUUUGAAUGGGCCAGCUUCUUCCAUGGGCGCAAGAAGAAAGAUUCUGUGAAUGAGAGUCGCCAAGUUUUGCAGGAACCAGAGUUUGCUCAGUCUCUGCUGAGAGAUCCAAACACCCCCAUCAUCCGCAAAUCUCGAGGCACCUCCACCCAAGGAACAUCCACUCACGCCUCCUCCCAGCAACUGGCCAUGGAUGAUCAGAGGAGCAAAGCUGGCAGCGUCCACAGUAAGCUCAGCAGUUACCACGGCAGCCUUCACAGGUCACGGGACGGCAGAUACACACCGUGCAGCUUAAGAGCUCUGGAUGAGAGGUUGGUUCACGGUAGUCUGCCACGGCUCAAUGAUCAGUCUCGGCAAAGCAGCCUGCACCGCCUGAAUGACCAGUCCCGGCAUAAUAGCAUCAGAGAUCUCACAAACCCGGCAACACACAUCACCCAUGGCACGAGCAUGAACCGGGUCAUCGAAGAAGACUGCACAAGUGCCUAAUCAUUGUUUCUGCAACAAAGGCAAAGCAAAGGGGCCUCUAAUGUUUAAACAAAAUCAAUAAAACAGAAGCCUGAAAGAUCAGCGACCAAACACAAGAAGUCGAUUUAAAAAUCUAACAAAUAUGGAAGAAAAUCAAUUUUGGCAAAAUGUGUUUAGAAGUAUCACGACUGUUGUAAACCUUAAUGGGAAGGAAGAUUACAAGCUGUUGGCCUGGGCUGCAUUGUUUUCAACAUUGUUAUCAGAUCCAUAUAAAUCAAAUAGGAAUAUUGAAUACCUUUCAGAAUUGAUGAUGAGCUUUGAUCUUAAGCUCCCAGUUUUAAAAGCCUUGUUAUAACACCCUUAAAUACGUAUUUUUGUGAUUCUGAUGCAGAAGGUGAUUUUAAAGACAUUGACCAAUAUCCCAUCACGGGAACACAAAGGGUAAAUGUUUGUAAUUUUUUGUUUCUAGCCUAAUUGGAAAGACAAUAGCAUGUAUGUUAGUUUUCAAGGUACGUAUCUUAAACCGAUUGAAUCCUGUUGUUGUAAACGGGAUUAUUGUGUGAAAGAUCAAAUAAUGUUAAAAAUAUUGUAGAAAUAUGUUGUGUUUACUUGAAAUUAGAUUGGUUUAGGGAAGGGGCUAGUGCAAGUUCUAUAGCCACUCCUCCGGUCAGGAUGUUUCAAUUCUACCUCAUGCUGUCCCAUCUAAAAUAUUAUGGACAGGAAACAUCAUUCAGCUGUUUGGACUGAUUCAUUCAUCACUGAUGCAUUUUUCUACUGGUUAACUCGUGCACUGAACUUGAUGGAUGUUGUUUAGUUUAAAGAUGCAGUACAGAAAGAGGCCCUUUGGCCCACCGAGUCUGCAAGGACCAGCGAUCCCUGCACAUUAACA